UUACCGUUUGCGCCUAUAAGUCCAUUCUAGCUGCUGUAGUUCUGUGUGUGCCUUCCUAUCGGAUGUACUGUGUAAUUAUCAACCCUACACUGCUGCUUCACUCAGCGGCUGCUCCUUCACGGAAGCUGCUGCCGUGUCCUCUCUUUUUGUAGUUUGAAGGGCAUGUCAGGGAGCUGCAGUUGCAGACUAUGUAUGUGUGUACAGGGUUAGAGACACGUUUGUGGGAGAUAAAACCUGCCUGGAGAUGAACUUGUAGUCAGCAUCGCCUUAAGCCCACCUACCUACCUACCUCCACCUCCUCUCUCUACCAAUCCACCGACUAAGGAAGGAAGGAAGGAAGAAAAGGAGGGCGAGGAGAUGCCGAUGGUUACUCGGGGGUGGCAGUGCAGGAAAGUUCACUGUGUUUCUCUGUAACAGGGAGUGAAUCAUAUACAAUCUUCCCCCAGACCUCGGACUGAACGACCUCUACGUCUGCACACAGGGUUUUAAUCUGCAGAGCAGCCACAGUCCCUCGCACAGAAGAGCCCAAACAGAAAUCACAGAAAUGGACCAAGAUAACCUGAGCCAAAGUAAAACAGAUGAAGAGGGUUCAAUCAGUGCAGCAGAGGCUUCAACAGCAUCUUCAGCUCCCGUACUAGAGGCAGCCACCGAUCCCACCACCGGCCAUGCUCCAGCUCCUCCCAGGCCUCGGCGGCCCCAGAGAACUGCCAGGGUUGAGGGAUCUGUAGAUAUUUCAGAACCCAGAGUUGAACCCAAAACCGAUCCACUAAUUAACCUGAGUGAGAGCACUCCUGACGGCACUGUGGUAAGCCAUCCCAAACCCUCUCGACCCACCGGAGAGCGCCUGGGGCCGAGAAUUAAAGCCGGUCCUAAGGGUCCAGGUCACCACCCUGUUAGAGCCGCCUCUGUGCCCCAACCGCCUCCCAGCAGACCUGUGCCCCCUCACCUAACCCAACAUGCAGAGAGAGCCAUGUCUGUGGCGGGCACUGCUGACACUCAGCCUCAGAAUCUGGAGGACUUCAGGCUGCACAUCAUCACCUGGAACGUGGGCUCCGCCAUGCCGCCUGAUGACAUCACCACUCUGCUGGGAUUGAACAUGGGGGACGGAAACACGGACAUGUACAUCAUAGGGCUGCAAGAGGUGAACUCCAUGAUUAACAAAAGGCUGAAAGAUGUCCUCUUCACAGAUCAGUGGAGCGAGGUCUGCAUGGAGAGACUGAGCCCCUUUGGUUAUGUGCUGUUGACAUCCCAGCGAAUGCAGGGCCUGUUGCUGCUGGUCUUUGCCAAAUAUUUCCAUCUGCCUUUCCUCCGUGGGGUCCAGACAGAGACCACCCGCACAGGACUGGGGGGUUACUGGGGGAACAAAGGCGGUGUUAGUGCCCGAAUGACUGUGUUUGGCCACAGCAUCUGCUUCCUUAACUGCCACCUACCCGCUCACAUGGAAAACCACGAGGAGCGUAUGGAGGACUUUGAGAGCAUCUUGCAGCAGCAGCAGUUUGAGGGCCAGGCGGCCACUGGGGUUCUGGAUCACGAUCUUGUGUUUUGGUUUGGGGAUCUUAAUUUCCGUAUUGAAGACCUCGAAAUGCAAGUUGUAAAAUCAGCCAUUGACAACCACAAGUUCCCCAUGUUGUGGGAGAAGGAUCAGCUAAACAUGGCCAAAGACAGUGAGACAGUGUUGGAGGGAUUCCACGAGGGGCCGCUGAAAUUUCCUCCUACCUACAAGUUUGAUGUUGGAACAAACACAUACGAUACAAGUGGGAAGAAGCGUAAGCCAGCUUGGACUGACCGGAUCUUGUGGCGGCUGAGGGCCACAGCCCCGGCUGCUCAGAGCGUGGGGAAACGUGGUUCGAUUUCUGGCCUGACCAGCGGGAUCAAAGUGACGCAGCACUGCUACCGAAGCCAGAUGGAGUACACAGUCAGCGACCACAAACCGGUGUCGUCCAUCUUUACCCUGCAGUUCCCAUACAGGGUGGACAUUGCUCUGGUCACUCUCAUAGUGGAGGAUGAGUGGAACAGUAUUGAAGAUGCGAAGGUGAUAUUCAAACUGGCACCCAACUACUCACGCAGCUCGUGGGACUGGAUUGGAUUGUACAAGGUGGGUUUCAAGCACCAUAAAGAUUAUGUGGGAUACGUGUGGGCCAAGCAGGAGGAGUCAGAUUUUCACCGCCAGGAACAUGAGGUAACCUUUACAGAGGAGGAAUUACCCAAAUGCUCAGGGGACUUUAUCUUGGGUUACUAUAGCAACAACAUGGGCACCAUUGUGGGUGUAACAGAGCCAUUUCAGAUCCAGCUGCCCACUGUAGACCAUGACAGUAGUUCUUCAGACAGCUCUGACUUCAGCUCAGAAGACGACAGCACUGUUGUCAUGAAGAUGAGGUCCCGCAGCCAGAGUCCACAUAAGAGCAAACACCACAACCACCGGAGCGGCAGCCGCUCCGGGAGCCCCGCAGAGCCCAAGAUAAGGGAGCUCAGCGUCACUGACUGCGCCGCUGCAGGGAGCAAAUCUGUGCGAUGCCCAGCAGAGGGCAGCAGCAGUCAGACGUCUGGUCCUGGGGCAACAGAAAAAAACGCAGAGGAUUCAGGAAUGUGAUGCAACAAAAUCCCUGCUGUUUUUACAGGUUACAUAACCAACUGUUGUGUCUUUAUUUCUUACAUUCACUGCUCUGUAUAUUUUCUGUGCUGAAAUAUACAAGUCAUAAUGCCAUCCUUUUCAGGAAUAGUCAUCUGGUUGGUCCGGAUGGUUUUACUUGGCCUUGAGUUAUUGUAUUAAGCUUUGCAAUUGUAAUGUUUUUAAUUGUUUUGUAUACCUUUCACUCUGUCCAGUGUUUUCUCUACCUUUGUCUGUUCUCAGGUGUGGACAGUUCAGGGAGCUGACAACCUGCAUUUAGAUUUACUCAGAUUCACAGUUAUAAAGUAAUACAGUACAUCAUCACUUUUUACAAUAUUUGAUGUACCAAGAAUUUGUGUGAGAAUACUGCAAAUAAGCAACAUGGAGCGGGACAAAUGAGAAGAUAAAUAGACAUUUAUCUAUUAUGGAACAAUUUGGCCUAAUAGAAGUGAAUCCAAAUUGUCUAUAGUGCCUUACAAAAGUAUUUGUACUUCUUGAACUUGUACACGUUUUGUCACAUUACAGCAGCAAAAUUGUUUGUGUUUUUCUGGGAUUCUGUGUGAUUGAUCACCACAAAGUAGUGCUUCCUUGUGGAGCAGAAGUAAAAUGAUGCAAUGUUUUUACAUUAUUUUACAAAUACAGUUUUUAUUACCAUUGCUGAACGCAUUUUCUUUACACAUCUUCAAGAGUAUGAUGCUUUGCUCAUCUAGAGACUGAAUACUUUGCCAAUUCUUUGCAAAACAUAUACAGCUCAGCCAGUUGUUGUUCAAGUCUAGGCAUAGAUUCUCAUUUUGAUUUGGGUCUGGAUUUGGAUUAGGCCAUUCCAACACAUGAAUUUCAUUUGAACUAAAAUAAACCCUUUCAUUGUAUCUCUUAUGACUUAAACCUGCAAAAGUGAGCCACCUCUGAGCUCCCUCUGGCCAUUGAUAAAUCUCCAGUGGAGAUGAUAAUAUCCCACAGCUGAGAGCUUUCAGAAAUAAAGCCAGCAGUACAGGACGUCAGAAGGUGUAGUGGAACAUCAACUUCAGCACUUUACAUAAAAGAAGCAUUGAAAGUCUGUCCAUACCAUCCUUUUCACAACUUCAUUCUUUUUACUUUUUAACUAGGGCCUGAGAUGUGGAGUCUGUGACUAAUAGUUUUCCUGUCAACAGAUUAUCCUACCUGAACUGUGGAUCUGUAUAGCUCCUCCACAGUUGCCAUGGCCCUCUUGGCUGCUUCUCUGAUUAAUGCUGUCCUUAUUAAUGCUGUUUUGGCAUACAGGUUUUCCACUUGUGGAUGAUGGUUUAAACAGUGUUCUAUUUAAUGAGCUAAACCUCUCCACAACCUUGUCUCUAACCUGUCUGCUGUUUUGCUUGGUCUUUAUGAUGCUCUUUGUUCAUCGUCAUUUGCUAGUAAACUUCUGAGGGUAUUGUUUCCCCUCCAGCUCACAAUCAUGUAUUUGUCUAUCAUGUAAAAUCCCAGUAAAACACAUUGCUGUUGUGGUUGUAACAAAAUAUGGAACAGUCAAAGGCGUAUUCAUACUUUUGCGAGGCGCUGUGCAAACUCUUUGCAGCCUAUUACUUUCACAUUAGUAGUUUCUGCAAACACCUAAAGCUGUAUAACUUGGCCUGCCUUGUGGACAAUCCCCUGCUUCAGUAUACAUUACAACAUCACAUAUUAUGUAGGGAGCACUUCAAAGCAUCCAUUUAAAAGAAAUGUAUUCUUCCUGGGUGCAAUAAAAGCCAGAACCAAAGUGGGUCUGAGGCAGGGAUUCAGGAAGCUCUCAGAUUCACAACACAUGCUAGUCUAAAGAGUAGAAGUGAGCAUGAGCAUCUUUAAAUAGACCGCCAUGUAAUAGACACCAGGAUGCUGUAGGUGUGGACAGUGAUGUCGGCUGUUACAGCAUAGCUGUCCCGCCAGAACCGGCUGAAUAACUACUGACUGGGCCUGGACUAGAGAGGUCACAACUGCAGCAAUACCUGAGCUGACCCAGCAUGACUUGUUUCUACGCACACAAACACCCUCCUGAGCCUCAUUGACUUGUUUUUUCAGUCGUUUAAAAAACAUUUUUAACCUGUUAAGCCCUAAGGGUUUUAGAGCAAUUUCUAUCUGGAAUUACAUAACUGAAAUAAAUCAAGAAUAGCUCCACAGUUAUACAUUUUAACUGCAAACUGUUGGUACUUAUGUAAAGGUAAGACAUAAAAGAAUAAUUUUCCAGUGGAACCGCUAUUGCAACUUUUACUGUCUGAUUUAUUUGUGAUUAAACAAAGACAAAAUCAAAAUUUUUGAUUGUAUGUGCAUAUUAAAAUUUAAAAUAUUUAAAUUAUGUUUGUACUCACACCUUGAAGUUUAAUUUAGAAAAUUAUAAAUGUGGGUAGAAAAUGUAUGGGAUUGAUCUGCUAGAGAGAUUCUUAUUGCACUUUUUAGUCCCAUCACAUAAAGCUGACCUGCUCCACUGUUGUUUAACACCACAGUGGAAGUAUAAUAGACUAAAUAGAUAAACUUUCCUUACAGAAUUAUACAUUUUUUAAAACAAUUACCCCUUUUUUUUUUUUUACAUUUUUAGACUUUUUUUCUGGACAGAUCUUUUCCCUAUUGAUCUCAUUAAUAGGAUGACAACAACAAUAGUCUCAGUAAUGGUGUUUAAUAGUUACCGUGUGAUCUCUGAUGCACCGUUAUAGACUCGUAAAUUUGGGGCUGUUAGAGUAGGACCGUGUCGUGGCUGUGACUUAUGUGUGUAUGUCUAUAGUUAGCUGUUUGUGUAUGUGUUUUUCUGGAAGUGCGCGUGUAUGUUUUGGAUGGUGUGUGUGUGUGUUUGUUUGUUUGUGUGUGUGACUUGCAGGGGCAGUGAAUGGGACUGGGUCUGUGCUUGCAUUGGGUGGCGGGACAUACUGUACAUUCCGGUACUGUUGUUUUUGUGCCGUAAAGUGCUGUUUUUAAACUCCUUUUUGUCAUAUUUGUGACUGUGAAAAUUCUUAGAAAAUGUGGUGAGGACAGUAUGAAUUUUUGACUUCAAUAUUAAAUGUUAGUUCAAGAUAUAAGGGGUAGUUAUACUGAUUAAAUUAAUAUUUUCAUGUAUUGCCUUGAAAUUUGAAACAGAUUUAAGAAAAAAACAACAUCCUGGAUGUUUGUUUGACAUGAAAAUGAUUGUCCAGGUUUAGAUCAUUUAGAUACAUUCAGUACUGCAUUCCUGACUAGUGACUAUUGUGAAAUGUCUGCUGAAUGUUUCUGUUUUGUAAUUGUGUAGGUAAAAAUAUAGAAAAUAUGAAGUAUGUGGAGAAAAAUCAUACAUAUAUAUAAAUAUAUAUAAAUAAGAGACAAUCUACACCAUGAAGAUUAUUUUACCUAAAUUAUGUAUUUAUUUUCUUAUGUAACUUUUAAAUGAGCCUAAAUUCUGCUGGCCAGUGACAAAGCUUUAUUUCAGGGCAAAUGUUCAAAUUAUAUCAGAGAUAAUUAUUUUCUUUUUCCUAUAGAGAUAAUUUAUUCUGUCUCCAUCUUAGUAAAUUAAGACUCUGCUGUCAUAAGUGUUGAUGGUUUAGUCUUCGUGUGCUUUAAUAAUUGUGAUUGAAAUGGCCGAACAUUUUUAAAACUUGGAUUGUUGAUCUAAGAAGAUGUUUUAUCUCUGUUAAGUUCUGGGAUCAAAGCAUUUAGAAGGUUCUUUCUGGGUUUUUUGCUUUUUCCUCCAACCUCAAAUCUAGUACAACAUUAUCCAAAGGAAUAAAGUAUGAUCUUUUAAAUUG